AUGCUUCGAUACCCAUAUUUUUGUAGAAUCCAUAAAAAUUUUCUUUCUUGCUGGUUGGAAUCUGGCAUAUUUAAUUUGGGUGUCUGGCCAAAAAAAAUACAUGCUACAGCAGAAAGAUAUAAUGAAUGUGAAGCCCAGGAGGAAACAGAUCAAACUGGAGUUGAGGAGUUACACAGAUCUCAAGAUAGAGAUUCUGAAGUGAUGACUAAGUUACAUAUUCCAGUGAUGGUGGAUGAAGUUAUUCGUUGUUUGGCACCACAAAAAGGGCAGGUUUUUCUAGAUAUGACAUUUGGCUCAGGAGGACACACAAGAGCCAUUCUACAGAAGGAGCCAGAUAUUACUCUGUAUGCAUUAGACAGAGACCCUACAGCACAUGCAAUAGCCGAACAGCUUUCAGAAUUGUACCCUAAACAGAUCCGAGCCAUCCUAGGCCAGUUCAGCCAGGCAGAAGCCUUACUGAUGAAAGCUGGAGUACAGCCAGGGACUUUGGAUGGAGUUCUUUUGGAUCUUGGGUGUUCCUCCAUGCAACUUGAUACCCCUGAAAGAGGUUUUUCCCUUCGGAAGGACGGCCCCUUGGACAUGAGAAUGGAUGGUGACAGGUACCCUGAUAUGCCCACCGCAGCUGAUGUUGUGAACGCGUUAGAUCAACAGGCACUUGCAUCCAUCCUGAGAACAUACGGAGAGGAGAAGCACGCCAAGAAAAUCGCUUCAGCAAUUGUUCAGGCACGCAGCCUCUACCCCAUCACCAGAACCCAGCAGCUUGCCAGCAUUGUUGCAGGUGCAUUUCCUCCCUCUGCUCUUUAUGCGCGAAAAGAUUUGCUACAGCGAUCUACCCAUAUUGCUACAAAGACUUUUCAAGCUUUUCGCAUAUUUGUGAACAAUGAGCUCAAUGAACUUUACACAGGACUGGAGACAGCUCAGAAGUUUCUGAGACCUGGUGGUCACCUCGUUGCCCUCUCCUUCCAUUCACUGGAGGAUCGCAUCAUCAAACGAUUCCUGCUUGGGAUAAGCAUGACAGAAAGGUUUAACCUAAGUGCUAGACAGAAAGUGAUACAAAAAUCACAGUUGGAUUCAGAUCAGGAAAACAAGAAACACGUCUCUAUAGGAAAGGCCUCUUUAACGUGGAAACUGAUGCACAAGAAGGUACUUACUCCAGAAGAUAAAGAUGUACAGGAUAACCCCAGAGGACGCUCCGCCAAGCUUAGAGCAGCUAUCAAAUUAUGA